CUUUUUUAAUUCAGUUCUAUACAAGACUCUGAGAAAUACAUAUCUUUUAAAUUGUUUGCCAUACCAAAAAUGAGAUUCUUGCUGUUAUGCUCUGUGGUGGGGAUGGCGGCAGGGAUGACACCAUUCCUGAAUACAGACGGUACGCAUGGCGUACCCGGUAAUCCAUUCCGCGUCAGCGACUUUAUACGCAACACUUCAGAUCGGAGCGGUUAUUGUAAAACAGAUCAACAAGUCCUGGGUCGUUGUGUGAAGAUAUCAGAAUGCGCUGAGAAGGACGAUGGCGUUGAUCGGUCCAAACCUAUUUUCUAUAGACCCUGUUUCUUACCGGAGAAAUGCUGUCCCCUAAACGAAGUAAUAAUAACGACAGCGGCCAAAACCAACGUUUGUGGGUAUAGCAACCCAUCAUCUUAUGGAUUCGGAGAGUAUCCUUGGAUGGUGGCAAUAAUAAGGAAAGAUUUAGAUUCGACACAUUAUGUUCGUGUGUACUUGGGUGCUGGUGUACUAAUACACAAAUCCGUAGUGAUGUCUGCAGCUCAUACAUUUUAUAAUAUGAACGCAAAUCAGUUAAAGUGUCGAGCUGGUGAUAUGGUCACUCAAACUACUAACGAAACGUGUGGUACGUCGGAUCGGGAACGAGAUGUUAAGGACAUAGAGAGGCAUCCAUAUUUAGACCAAAGUAAAUUCAGAAACAACGUGGCAUUGUUAAUAUUGCAAACGCCAUUCGACCUAUCCGUAGCUAACAUUGGUACCGCGUGUUUGGAAAGCCAAAUGCCCCCACCUGGGACCGAUUGCUACAGCAUGGGGUGGGGCCUAAAUAAUGCUGAGUUUGCUUUCAAUGUGAAAAAAACAUCUUUAUUUCUAUUGGAUAAUUAUGUAUGUAUAAGCACGUUUUACAUGUUUAAAAUGGCGUAUGAUAUCAACGACUACAUGACAUGCUUAGGACAAACUUUCACUCAUUGUAAAGGAGAAGGUGGAUCACCCCUAAUAUGCUCGAUACCCUCAUCUAAAGGCACUCGGUACGCUGUGGUGGGAUUGGCCAUUGUGACAAAAAAAUGUGAUGUGAAUUAUUUUCCGGUCAUCGUCACGAAAGUACCAGAGGUGUACAGCUGGAUAGAAUAUAUUAUGAAAACCAACUAUUUCGAUACCACCUCCUUCAAAUACUUAACUUAAAUAUAAUAUGUUUACUAAAUAGACCAAAUCUUAAGGCUAUAUCAAAUAAUAAAAGCCUUUCCAUACACAAAUAUAAAUAUAUUAUCAUCUUGACUUUAAAACAUUGUAUAAACUUAAGUAUAUUAGAUGAACUUAUUUACAGUAAUUAAAAAAAAGAUUAUAUACAUUAUACAUUGAAAUAUAUAACUAACCUUAUCAUAAACUAAAAUAUAUUAUUAAAAGGAGUCCCUUUAGGCAAG